GUAAGGGAGAGAGGGAGGCGAGAGCACCUCUCUUAGGGGGUGGCAAUGCCAUCAUGCAUAGGAGCUAUCUAGGUGAGUCUGAGCCUUGGGUCUCUACUGCUUUUUCUGUUUGUGCUUCUUUCUCUGAGAAAAGGGGAGAGAAAAGAAUCCUGAAAUGAAUUUAUUUCAGCUUUGCAGGCAAACUUUGGAAUCUGAAAAAGGGAGGGUGCUUCUGUAUUCCUUGUUCUGAGUUGAUUGGCAGCAAGAUAAGUUUCUGCAACUACACUUUUCCCAGAAAAGAUGAUUGGCAUGGUGGGCCCAAGGCCUUGUCUUUCUGAUCUGACAAUACAGAGCUUGAAGGAAUUGUUCAAACAUCUAAGUCAAGGUGAAGGUGAAACACCUAUUCAAUUGUCCUGCUACGUGUUCUAUAGUUUAAUGUUCUAAGUAUCCAUCUCCUGAGAGAGUACUCUUUAAUAGAAGUUAUGGGUUACAGUAUCAUGCUUUAAAUCUUUGUUAAUACACCAACACAAAUCUUUUGUGUCUUUAGCAUUGCUUUUGUGUGUGGGAAAUAAAUAGCUGUCCCAUACCUGAUAUACACUGUAUAUUCCAAUGCUCUUCUAUAUUACCUUUUGGGGAAACCCUAAACAGAAUCUACACUUGAGUUUUAUGUGAUUUCCCACUGUGUUCCAGGAUGGGAAUGGGGUUGGGAGGUAUGUAAAGAACUGGAGACACUGAGAAAAGAGGAUGACCUUUACAGGAGAAGCUUCCCCAGAAUUGAAUAUAGUACUUUAAUGUUUAUAAAGUGCUCACCUAUAUCUCAUUUGAUCACCCAGUGAGGUAGGUGCUAUUCUUAUCCCCAUUUUACAGAAGAAGAAACUGAACGAGAGAAGUUGUGACAUAAAAUGUCUGAGGGAAGAUUUAAAUUCAGGUCUUCUGAGUCUCCCAGUCCAUCCUUUUUGCAUCUUCUGCUUUGCUUUGACAAAUGGAGAACUUACUGUUAUUUGCUUGGCUCCCUCUGCUUUUGGGAAGUGUUAGUUUGUCCAAGUCAACUGUUUAGUUGCCUGACUGUCCUCAGCCUGUUUAUGAGACCAGAGCUAGGGAACCCUUAGUGGGAAAUUGUAAGAACCCCAGUCCAGGAGACAUGGUGGGUAUGUUGUUACAUCUAUAGUCUUGUGAAAGUCUUUUAACCUCUCUGAGUUAGACUCUCUGAACUUCCUCAUCUGUAAUGUGGAGUUAAGCCUUUUUGUGGGUUCACAUCCUUGAUCAGAUACUAGCUGUGUGACCCUGAGGCAAGUUGCUUAACUACUCUGGUUAGUGGACAUCUUUAGUAGGAUCUGUACACUGAGAAGAUGGCUUCUAAUGACCUCAAUGGUCCUUUUUUUACUCUAAAUCUUGCAGUGCGGUGGGAGAAUAGGUAAUGGUUAUAUGGCAUUUUCAAAUUUACAAGUCCCUCAUAUACGUUAUUUCAUUGGAAUCUCACCACAAUUCUAGGAGAUUCAGAGCACAGGGAUUCUUAUCCCCAUUUCGUAGAUGGGGAAAUUGGGGCACAGAGAGGGUUCAGAGUACAGGUAUUCUUAGCCUCAUUUUUAUAGAUGGGGAAAUUGGGGCACAGAGAAGGAAGGCAACUUACCCAAUAUCACACAGCUAUAAACGCAGGUCUUCCAGCCUGUCAGCCCCAGGGCUCUAUCUCUCUCUUCCAGUAUGCUGCCUCUGCGCAAAGGGAGGUGAGGCUAGUGCCAAUUUUGUGAAAUCCACUGUGGGUUCCAGUGCCCGUCCCGGAAAUAAAGAACGGGAGUUUUCAAAAGAAAAAGUACGCGCCCAGAAAGCCCCGAGGCCAGACCUGGCUUUUGUUGCCGGAGCCCGCAGCCUUCUCUCCCUCCGGGGUGGCCUCUCAGUCUGGGCUAACCUGCCUCUUUCUCCCGGGCUGCCCGAGCCUGGUGGAGGAUUUUUCUCCUUUUCGCUUGCAGUGAGUUAUGAUGUCCUGUAGGCUACAAUGUGUCAGUUGUUAUAAAAUCUAGGAGGCGGAGUCUGGCCCGUGACGCGACGCUGGUGGUGCUGUGGGGAGCGAGCGAGCGAGCCAGCGAGCUAGAGGCAGCCCUGCGGGGAGAGCAGCUCCAGUUUCCAGCCCCCCCUUCCCCCCGGGUCAUUGGAGCCCAUGCAUUUCAGAAGGAAAACUUGUAUUUCUCCUUCCUGGCUUUGAUCGUCUCCACGAAUCAGACCGUCAGAAGGACGAGGCCGACGGACCGAGGGACGGAGCGAGAGAGGGAAGAUGCGAGAUGAGAGCCCCUUUGGCAACCUGACCAUUUCUUUGGACAAACCUGGAGAGCUUUUCUUAUCGGCUCUGGGAACGGACUGCACGUCAAAGGAGGAGCCUCUGUGUGUAUGUGUGUGUUGGUGUGAGGCGUGUGUGAGUGCAAGGGUGUGUGUGCACACCCCGCGCCUGCGAGUGUGCAUGUUGGAAUGAGUGUGUGAGCGCCUGUGUGUGUUUCUGUGUGUUUGUUUGCAUGUGCGCGUGAAUGUUGUUGAGAUCCAGCCACAGAUAGAUUUAAAGCGAAGUCCUGAAAAGCCGAAGCAGGUUGCCGGGAUUUUUGGGGAGGGAGGGGGGAUGUCUACUCUUUUUUAAGACAAGCUGACCGAAGCUAGCUAUUAUUUGCCUUCCACUGCCCCUCCACCCCCUGCAAAUGAAGAGAAUUCUUCCUGCAAGCUAGAAGGUUUCCCCCCCAUUCCCACUCUGCAGCCAAGUGAAACUGAUUAUUACCCAAACCUUGGAAAUCGACUUGACUCCUGUUAUUGCUGGGAGGAUCAGGGAAGAAAUCGGGCUAAAACCAGAUCGGGGUUGGUGUAGCCCCUUCAGAAAAUGUCAUCUCAAACUAAGUUCAAGAAAGACAAAGAGAUCAUAGCUGAAUAUGAGACCCAAGUCAAAGAAAUCCGGACUCAGUUGGCUGAGCAGUUCAAAUGUCUGGAACAGCAGUCAGAGUCGAGGCUGCAGUUGCUGCAGGACCUCCAGGAGUUCUUCAGAAGGAAAGCAGAGAUUGAACUGGAGUAUUCCCGCAGCUUGGAGAAAUUGGCUGAGCGUUUCUCCUCCAAGAUCCGAAGCUCUCGAGAGCAUCAGUUCAAGAAGGAUCAAUACCUCCUCUCUCCUGUGAAUUGUUGGUAUUUAGUGCUGAACCAGACCCGGCGUGAGAGUAGGGACCACGCUACUCUCAAUGACAUCUUCAUGAACAAUGUCAUCGUCCGCCUCUCCCAAAUUAGUGAGGAUGUUAUCAGGCUCUUCAAAAAGAGCAAGGAAAUUGGGUUACAGAUGCAUGAAGAGCUGCUGAAAGUGACCAAUGAGUUAUAUACAGUCAUGAAAACCUAUCACAUGUAUCACGCAGAGAGCCUUAGUGCUGAGAGCAAGUUAAAAGAGGCUGAGAAGCAAGAGGAGAAGCAGUUCAAUAAAUCAGGGGACCUUGGUAUGAAUCUGCUCCGGCAUGAGGACCGGCCCCAACGCCGGAGUUCUGUCAAGAAGAUGGAGAAGAUGAAGGAGAAGAGGCAGGCCAAGUACUCAGAGAAUAAACUGAAGUGCACCAAGGCCCGGAAUGAUUAUUUGCUGAACCUUGCGGCCACCAAUGCAGCCAUCAGCAAAUAUUACAUCCAUGAUGUCUCUGAUCUGAUCGACUGCUGUGAUCUGGGCUUUCAUACCAGUCUGGCCCGAACCUUCAGGACCUACCUCUCUGCUGAAUAUAACCUGGAAACCUCUCGCCAUGAGGGGCUGGAUGUCAUAGAAAAUGCAGUGGAUAACCUAGAUGCAAGGAGUGACAAGCACACAGUCAUGGACAUGUGUAACCAGGUCUUCUGCCCACCCCUCAAGUUUGAGUUCCAACCCCAUAUGGGGGAUGAGGUGUGUCAAGUGAGUGCCCAGCAGCCAGUCCAGACAGAGCUGCUCAUGCGCUACCACCAGCUCCAGUCUCGGCUAGCCACCCUCAAGAUAGAGAAUGAAGAGGUCCGUAAGACCCUGGAUGCUACCAUGCAGACCCUGCAGGAUAUGUUGACAGUGGAGGACUUUGAUGUCUCUGAUGCCUUCCAACACAGUCGAUCCACAGAAUCCAUCAAGUCUGCUGCGUCUGAGACUUACAUGAGCAAAAUCAACAUUGCCAAGAGGCGAGCCAACCAGCAGGAGACUGAAAUGUUUUACUUUACGAAAUUUAAAGAAUAUGUGAAUGGCAGUAACCUUAUCACCAAGCUCCAGGCUAAGCAUGAUUUAUUGAAGCAGACCCUUGGAGAAGGUGAAAGAGCAGAAUGUGGCACCACCAGAAGAGAUGGAAGACUUAGAUUGCCUCACUUUCCCUGGCUGAGCCCUUCCUCUGCUCCCCACCUUGUGUCCCAUCCAGCACUUCAAGGAAGAAGAAAUGCUCGAGCCAGGAACCAGGAUUCAGGGCAGGCUAUACCCCUCGUGGUGGAAAGCUGUAUCCGCUAUAUCAAUUUAUACGGUCUCCAGCAGCAAGGGAUCUUUAGAGUGCCUGGAUCGCAGGUUGAAGUCAAUGACAUUAAAAAUUCCUUUGAGAGAGGUGAAGAUCCCCUGGCGGAUGACCAAAAUGAAAGGGAUAUUAAUUCAGUGGCUGGAGUCCUAAAGCUGUAUUUCCGAGGACUGGAAAACCCACUCUUUCCCAAGGAAAGGUUUCAAGAUUUAAUAUCCACAAUCAAAAUGGAGAGCCCUGCAGAGAGAGUGCAUCUGAUCCAGCAGAUUCUUGUCACCUUGCCCCGAGUGGUCAUCGUGGUCAUGAGAUAUCUCUUCGCUUUUCUCAACCACCUGUCCCAAUAUAGCGAUGAGAACAUGAUGGAUCCCUACAACCUGGCCAUAUGCUUUGGGCCAACCCUCAUGCAUAUCCCAGAUGGACAGGACCCCGUGUCAUGCCAGGCUCAUGUCAAUGAAGUCAUCAAAACCAUCAUUGUCAAUCAUGAGGCCAUCUUCCCCAGCCACAGGGAACUGGAGGGGCCAGUAUAUGAGAAGUGCAUGGCUGGAGGGGAAGAAUAUUGUGACAGCCCACAUAGCGAACCAGGGACAAUUGAUGAGGUUGACCAUGACAAUGGCACGGAGCCUCAUACCAGUGAUGAUGAAGUGGAGCAGAUUGAAGCCAUUGCCAAGUUUGACUAUGUGGGAAGGUCCCCCCGAGAGCUAUCCUUUAAAAAGGGGGCUUCACUCCUCUUGUACCACCGAGCCUCCGAAGACUGGUGGGAAGGCCGGCACAAUGGAGUGGAUGGACUCAUCCCCCAUCAGUACAUCGUUGUGCAAGAUAUGGAUGAUGCGUUCUCAGACAGCCUGAGUCAGAAGGCUGACAGUGAAGCCAGCAGUGGACCCCUGUUGGAUGACAAAGCCUCUUCCAAGAACGACCUCCAGUCCCCCACUGAACACAUCACUGACUAUGGAUUUGGGGGAGCGAUGGGCCGAGUACGGUUGAGAUCAGAUGGGGCUGCCAUUCCCCGCCGCCGGAGUGGGGGUGACACACACAGCCCACCUCGGGGCCUGGGUCCAGGGAUAGACACCCCACCUCGAGCAGCUGCCUGCCCCAGCAGCCCCCACAAAAUCCCCCUCAACCGAGGCAGGAUCGAGAGCCCAGAGAAGCGGAAGAUGGCAACAUUCGGAAGCGCCGGCAGCAUCAACUACCCGGACAAGAAGGCCCUUUCCGAUGGGCACCCGCUGAGGUCGACCUGCGGCUCCACGCGGCACAGCAGCCUCGGAGACCACAAAUCUUUGGAGGCUGAAGCCCUGGCAGAAGACAUCGAGAAGACCAUGAGCACUGCCCUCCACGAGCUUCGAGAGCUUGAAAGACAAAACACUGUCAAGCAGGCUCCAGAUGUGGUCCUGGACACUCUAGAGCCCAUGAAGAACCCACCCCUGGGCUCCGUUAGCUCAGAACCCGCCAGCCCCUUGCACACCAUCGUCAUCCGAGACCCAGAUGCCGCCAUGCGCCGCAGCAGCAGCUCCACCACCGAGAUGAUGACCACGUUCAAGCCCGCGCUGUCGGCUCGGCUGGCGGGUGCCCAGCUCCGACCCCCGCCCAUGCGGCCCAUCCGCCCCGUCGUCCAGCACCGAUCCAGCAGCAGCAGCAGCUCAGGGAUGGGCAGCCCCGCGGUGACCCCCACUGAAAAGAUGUUCCCCAACAGCUCCACCGACAAGUCGGGGACCAUGUAGUGCCGGCACCCAACGGCCUCAGAGGAAGGAAAACCGAGUUGUCGUUUCCAGGGCAAACCCCGGCGUGGGGAUGCCUUUUGGGAUCAGGAGAAGAAAAAUGGUCCAAAGACGGCUUGAGCGGCAAAGGUGUGCGGAGCAUUGAGGUCGCCAUCUGUAUUUAUCUAUUUGCAGAAACAGAUGGACAUAGAGUGUGUGUAUAUACGCAUAGGCUGUGUACAUACACUGAAGUACUCUGAACAGAAGCUUUUCCUAAGAUUGCGGCCAAGUGUAAAAAGGCUUACUCUGCAUAUUGUCACUGGAAAUUAUUCUAUAUAUAUAUAGAUAUGUACGUAUGUGUCUGUGGGUGUGUAUAUAUAUACAUAUUUAUGCAUCUAUAUACAUAUACUCUAUGUGUAAACACACAUACCAAGUGUAUAAAGCAUCAUGUUCCUUUUUAUGACAAUUAGAUUUACCUCAGACCUGUGCCACUAAACAUCUCCCGUAGAGUGGUUGGGUUGGACUCGUGGGGCUCCUCUGGGAGAUUUGGGGGGCACGCAGCAACUGUGCAUGAAGCAAUAGGACACUGACCUUUGGAGACUUCCCUUCCACGGAAAUGGGCGUCUCGAGAGACUGUGGUGUCACUUCUGGCGCCAUCUAACUCAGAAAGGAGACAGCCACACCGCUGGCCAACAGGUUAUCCUCAGUGACCGGGGAACCCUUCUUUCCGAGCCUUGAAAGACUCCCGGUAAUCCACGAGAGGGAGAAGGGUCAGCCGUCUGCCAUUAAGGUAUACUAGAGAUGGACAAUAAGAACCUGCCACCCACCCCCAACCACCAAACCCUUGUAUUUGUGCGUAGAAAAGGGGAUUAUAAGUACCUAAGCCGAAACGUAGCACAGUGUUGUAUGUGUUUAAAAAAAAAGGAAAAAAAAAAGAGAAUACAGUGGUGUUGAAUACUUCCAGACCCAACAGAGCAGUAGUAAUAAACCGAUAGAUGUAACUAUAGUGGUUUAACUUAGACUGUUUGGGAAAUCCUUAAUUUGCCUUUUUCUCUUUUUUUUACUAAUUAUCACCGUGUCAAAUUGGGACUAAACAGGCAAGGAGGCUUUGGUUUCCAUUGGUUUAUUUCAAGUUGCACAGUAAUUCCCGAGAGUCUACCUUGGGUUGGGGUCCUCCCUCUUGCAUGAAACGCAUGAGCCAUAUUUGACCAGAUCAGACAGGAGCCAGUCUGAUGGGGUAAGAGUUUGCACUUUCUAUACUGUGUAAUACAGCUGGUAGAGUUUAUGCAAAUGAAAUUGCUUUGUUUCCUCCUUUUGGGGAGGGGAAAAUGUGCUGAUGGAACUGGGAUGCAUGAUUUCUUAGUGUAUGAUGAUCGAGUCUUCUCUCUCCUGACGGGGUUCAGGACCCUCUGUGUCUCUCUUAGUUGAUUUUCUUUUCUCUUCUGAUCUCUUGAAUCCAUUUCCCCCAGGGAUGUGCCAAAAGCCACAGGGUAUUGGAGCACAGGCGAAGCCAGUUUGAAUCUGAGCCUUCUUACUUAGCUCUUGAAUAUCCAUCCUGGAGAAUUCUCUGCUCACUUUUUCCAGUUCUUUAUUCACCCAUACUUCCCUAGGUCUCUGGGUAUUUAUUUCCACGCAAGGGAAGUUCUGCUCAAACAUCAACUGGGCAACAACCCCCUGGAAACCUGCUUGCUGGGAUUAAAAGGGUGGAUGGUGGUAGAGUUUUAUUGCCAGCCUCUCAAAGAGCCAGUUGUCAUCUUGCAUCAAUAAUAGUAUAUGUUGCUUGCAAGGCUCUCUAGAUGCAUCAGAGGGAAUUUCUGCCUUGGUCCUUCUGGCUCCACAGGAACAUUUCCUUCAAAGAUCCCUGGAACUCUCCCAUUAGUGAUUCAUUCUUUUAGCUUAAGCAUUGACCUGUGUGCCCUUUGAAAAAUAUAAGAGUAUUCCCUCCCCACAUGAAGCAUGUCAUAUUAAAUCCUCAGGUCUUAGUGUUAAUGAAUGGGAUGUUUUCCUGUCUGAUAGCAAGAGCCAGGAUGCAUGAAGACAUCAGGUGCCUGAAGAGGGAAAGGGUUCUGAAUGCUGCGAAAAGGAGGAAAGUGGGCACGUAGAGAGGGGGGAACCAAAGACUAGUUUCACAUCCAUCACAAUUUUGCCUCAGGCCAGUCCUGGUUUUGUGAAUUGGAAAUCUUCGUUAUAAAAAGAGGUCCAAGAUCACCUGGCUCAAUCCCCUGCUGGACCAUUAUCCCCAUUUUUGAGAUUGGGUAGCUGAGGUGAAGAGUAGCAACCUUGUCCAAGGACACAAGGCUGCUAAGCGACAGAGUGGGACUAAAACCUAGGUCACUUCCCUCCCAGUGCAGUACUUUGUCCACUAUACCAUAUGAUCUCUGUAGUAAGUACCCUAGUGAUCACUUUUUUAAAAUUUCCUAUAAGAGAAAAUUAAAUCACCCAUCUAAAAAAAUAGAGGGAAUGGCAAAUUUUGGCUACUUAUUUGCAAUCCUCUUGUAUUGUCUAGGGACGAAAGUUUUCUUCCCAUCCACGGAAGAGCCACAGAUCCAAAUUUAGUACUUGCGCCAUUUUGACCGAGUGGUCCUGUACCACAGAGACAACCAAUUACAAAAUGAAACAUUCUACCCAUCCACUGGGGCGAUUAUUUCCCCACUCUCCAAAUUUGCCGGUUAUAUUUCCCCCAAUGGAAUUUCUCAUUGGCUUGGGCUCUGGUGGAGAUAAAGACUUAGUCAUUUUCUUUUCAGCACCCCAUUUUCUCCCUAUGGAAUUAUUUCAUGCUUUCUCACUCAGAAAAAGUCUCCCACCUGGGUAGAAAGAAGUACCGUAGCUAUCUUUCCCCCAAUGUGAAUACUGACCUGCUGGGUGGAAGAAAAUGGAAGAAAAACUCAUCAUGAUCUUUUGCUAUUGCUUUCUCUCGACAGCCAGGACCCAUGCAUGUUUCACAACACGUAUCUUCCCGACCCUUACCUGUUCUAGUCUGAUUGAUAUUGUUGUAUUUGUUGAAAUGCUAGAAAAGUAAUUAUUGAAAUGUAAACUGUAUUAAAAAAAAAAAGGCUAAAAGUUAAUGGUAGCCAGUGCCACUCACCAAAUCUUUGCACUUAGUAUAUAGAUCAAUAUAAAAAUAACCCCCCAACCUAAUCUUUCAUUGUACAGUGUGUGUGUGUGAGGGGGGAAAUGUAGUUAGUAGUAGUCCUCAGUAUAAUCAAUUUUAAAAGGGGAAGUGGUGUUUACACACUUGUUCGUUAGCAUUGUUGAAAACUGUGAUGAUCUCAACUAGUUCUCUGGCUUUCUGGAGUUUUUUUGUUCUGUUUGUUUCACCUUAGUUGAACUCUUGAGGCCAAAGCCUUUUUGUCUUUCUGGGGGGGCAGGUGCUCAGUCUGUUCUAAAGAUGAACCAGUGAGACAUUCAUUUAAAACUGACCAAAGAUAUGAUUUCUGGUCCAGUUUCCCUUGUUGUCCUGGAGAGAGGACCAUCAUUUGCCAAUCUUUCUCGGGGACUUGAGAUCAAACCGUGCUUCCCACCCCAACCCUCUCUUUUUUUCUUUUCCUCUUUAGUAACUGUGGGUCUCUAUGAAAUUCUUGCCUUUUCUUGUUUUCAGUGCGAAUGUUUUCUCACCUUUAAGCGCCUUUAGAAAAUCCCAGAAUACAAGAUUGGCAUGAAUCCUGAGCAUGGAGAGUGAAUGCCACCCGAUUUCUUUCCUUUCGUACCAUUGGGCUAAAUUCCCAAGGGAGGAGGGGACCUUUUAAUCAAGAGAUGGAGCAGUAGGGGUUGGGGGAAGAGAUGAGCCACUUAUCUGAUAGAAAGGCAAGAAGAUGAACUGGAAAGUGUUCAGAGGAGGUCAGCGAAGAUGGUGGCAGACUUUUGAGUCUGUGCCACAUGAGGAUUGGCGGAAGGAAAGAGGGAAUAACCAUCCUGCAGAAGAGAAAAGUUGACGUUGGGCUGGGGGGAGGACACACAUCUGUUUUUUGAAGUACUUGAGGGCGGUCAUGAGGAAGAGGGAUUCGAUUUACCCUUUUCUGCCUCACAGAGCUCAACUAGGAACAUUCGAUGGAAAUGGUGGGGUGGGAAAAAGCAAAUUCCAACUUCCUGAAAGCAAAAACUUCUCACAAGGAGAAUUGCCCAAGAGUAGAAUGGGCUGCCUCCAGAGGAUGCUGGCCUCCCUUCCUUGGAGGUCUUUCAGCAAAGACAGUAGGAACACCUGUUGGACCUGAUGCAGCGGGGAUUAUUGACCUCCAUGGCUACCUGGUCCCUUCCUACUCUGAAAUGUUGGAUUCUUGGAUAUGAAGUGAGGGGACAGUAGAUAAAGAGCUAGCGAGCAUUUUUCUCUCAAAAUGCAAAACAUAAAGGGCAAUGUGGGCUGCCGGAAGGCUCUUUCAUAAAUGGGACUUUUCUAUUUGAGCUACUUGGACUGGCUGCUUGGCUGGUUUUCUUGGGUUGCCUUGUUGGGUUUUCUCAUUCUUUAAAGCAUGAAUGUGGAGGCCUUCCUACUACGUGGUAGUAUGUUGGCCCUUAAAGCGCAGAACCUGGCCAAAGGACAGACCCCAAGACAAAUGCCACAGUUCCCUUCCCCAGUCUUUUGAGUCCUGAUCUUUUCACUUAUUCACCCUUUUUCCCCAACAAGGAACAAUAAUAACUAUGAUAAUAAUAAUAACUCAUUUACUUAGCACUUUAAGGUUCAUGAAGCUCUUCCCUCAGAACAGCCCUGGGAGGCAGAUAGAACAAGUAUUUUUAUCUUUUUUUUCUUUUUUUUGCCGAUGAGGAGAUCUCUGUUUAGAAUGGUGAGGUGACUUGGCCAGAGUCACAUGAAAUGUCAGAGUUCACACCUCCCAGGCUGUUCUUUUAGGCUGUCUCAUGAGUAUCCACUGGGAAGCCCAGAAGGGUCCCCGACUUAAAUGGGGUGAUGUGGAUGGGGGGGGGGAAGGAAGGGAGAGAGACAGCAAGGAAUUGGGAGGAGGAAGAGUUGUUGAUGAGAUGAUUUUCUGCUGUGCAGACAAAUUCAGACAUCUCAAGCCUGGGUUCAGAUUUGGACACCUGCUUCUCCUGGGUAGUCUGGGUUUUCCAUCUUCAGAGGGACCAGCAGAAUUCCCACCUGGGUCAAGGCUUCCCCCCAGAUGGCAGGAGUGGGCAGGAAAGAGUGGCAUUCCUGUCCCCUCGGGGUCUUGCUCCAUUCCCCUCUUCCAGGCUUCCCGAGGCGGCUCUUCCCAGAGCUAGGCAGCCCCCCACGCUCUGGUGCUGGCUUGGCAGCUCCUGCCAACUCCCCUUCCCCUAUCCGCGGAUUCCUUUUUCCCUUUGGACCCUUCCACGCCAGCCACCUCCAACAAGACUGUUCUCUGUGACCCAAACUUUAGUGCACUUUCCUUUACUGGACAGAAAGUAUAUCCUGCAUAGAGAUUCUUUUGUACAUUUUGGACUCUAUUAUCUCCUAGCAGUGUGACCGUUUACAUGGUUUGGCAGUAGAGACGACUUUGAUCACUUUCCAGUGGCUGGCAUUUCUCGUCUCCCCACCCCCACCCCAUCUCACUGUAUACGAACAAGCCCACCCCCCACCCCCACCCCCGGGAAACUGUGCUCUCCCUGCCCCCUCGAUGCUCGUCAUUGUUCCUCUGGACGCGUUUCUGUAUGAUAUGACCAAAUGUCCUUCGUUAGAUUGUCUGUCCCUCCCACACGCUGAUGGUGCCCUGUAGACCAAGCCGCUGGUUUGACGUGGAGCUGUCCUGUGAAAUAAAAACAGCAUAACUUUCUCAAA